UCUCCGCUUGUCUGCCCAUCCUGGAGGAUUACGAGUUGAUGCCAGUGGAACUGCUGUAGGCAGUCUUGCCGGUAGCGUGCGAGACCAAGUUGCAGAUCUUCGCUAUUCCGCCCGUCCUACAGGCGUUGAUGUAAGCACUCCAGUCGCCGAUAUGCGAGUCGCAGCCCAGGAUCUUCGUUUAUCCGGAUACCCCAGCCGCGUUGAUGUUGGCAGUGCAGCCGGCACUGGUUGGAGAACAGCACCAGAUCUCCGCUUGUCUGCCCAUCCUGGAGGAUUACGAGUUGAUGCCAGUGGAGUUGAUGUAGGCAGCCUUCCCGGUAGCGUGCGAGACCAAGUUGCAGAUCUUCGCUAUUCCGGUCGUCCAACGAGCGUUGAUGUAGGCUCUCCAGUCGCCGAUAUGCGAGUCGCAGCCCAGGAUCUUCGUUUAUCCGGAUACCCCAGCCGCGUUGAUGUUGGCAGUGCAGCCGGCACUGGUUGGAGAACAGCACCAGGUCUUCGCUUGUCUGCCCAUCCUGGAGGAUUACGAGUUGAUGCCAGUGGAGUUGAUGUAGGCAGCCUUCCCGGUAGCGUGCGAGACCAAGUUGCAGAUCUUCGCUAUUCCGCCCGUCCUACAGGCGUUGAUGUAAGCACUCCAGUCGCCGAUAUGCGAGUAGCAGCCCAGGAUCUUCGUUUAUCCGGAUACCCCAGCCGCGUUGAUGUUGGCAGUGCAGCCGGCACUGGUUGGAGAACAGCACCAGGUCUUCGCUUGUCUGCCCAUCCUGGAGGAUUACGAGUUGAUGCUAGUGGAGUUGAUGUAGGCAGCCUUCCCGGUAGCGUGCGAGACCAAGUUGCAGAUCUUCGCAAUUCCGCCCGUCCUACAGGCGUUGAUGUAAGCACUCCAGUCGCCGAUAUGCGAGUAGCAGCCCAGGAUCUUCGUUUAUCCGGAUACCCCAGCGGCGUCGAUGUUGGCAGUGCAGCCGGCACUGGUUGGAGAACAGCACCAGAUCUCCGCUUGUCUGCCCAUCCUGGAGGAUUACGAGUUGAUGCCAGUGGAACUGCUGUAGGCAGUCUUGCCGGUAGCGUGCGAGACCAAGUUGCAGAUCUUCGCUAUUCCGCCCGUCCUACAGGCGUUGAUGUAAGCACUCCAGUCGCCGAUAUGCGAGUAGCAGCCCAGGAUCUUCGUUUAUCCGGAUACCCCAGCGGCGUCGAUGUUGGCAGUGCAGCCGGCACUGGUUGGAGAACAGCACCAGAUCUCCGCUUGUCUGCCCAUCCUGGAGGAUUACGAGUUGAUGCCAGUGGAGUUGAUGUAAGCAGCCUUGGUGGUACCGUGAUAUCUCCAGUGCCAGAUCUUCACUAUUCCGCUCAUCCUAGUGACGCAGAUCUUAGUGCCCUACCCCCUCCGGGAACUGUUCAUCAAAAAUUACUUAGUGACAGUCAGAGUAUUCGAUCGGACUUCGGAAGAGGUGCAACUCCAACACUGAGCAGGGGUGGUUUAGAGAUACCAACUGACAGUGUGCAAAUGAUAGGCCCAGAUGCUGUUUAUUCUGCUCAUCUCCCUGAAGCAGGAAUUGAAUCGUAUGAUAGUGACCGUAGUGCGCUAACACAGGCCUUAAAUCGUGGGAUCCGUCGUGAUACUGACUUAAGCGUAAUGGGAAGUGCAGCUUCAAGACCUAGUAGCGUUGUUCAAACCCUACCGACCGGGGCGUUUUCUACUGCUAGACCAGACGCUGAUUUUUCUGCUCCACCCGAAGAAGUAGGGAUAGAUCGCUUGGACACCGACCCUCGUGCGUUGACACCAGCCCUUACCCAAUUUGGGCAAUUAGAAGCGAUUGAUGAAGGAGCACUCAGUAGCACUUGGCAAUCUGGCUUGAGUGUACCGAAGGAUGCAAUUUCAAGGCACGUGGGUGUUGAUGAAGGAUUACCGGACAGGAGUGUGAGUGCCGUGAGACCAGAUUUUGGUUAUCCAUAUCCGCAUACACAACGUUUGCCAGAGGAGAGUUCUGGAUCCCGUAUGGACUUGACUAGCAGUGUGCCUUGCGGUAAACCAUAUUUAGGUCGUCAUUGCAGUUUCAUCGGAUUUUGGCCACAAGGUCCUUUUGGGCCUUUUUGGUGUUUUACAGCGAGUCCAGCUAGGUCUCAUGGUAUUAACAGCAAUGUUGGACACAGUUAUGCUGGUCAAAUAGUGGAACAAUCGAACGAUUUGGAGUUGAAUGCUUUAGCCGAUACCCAAGAAGAUAACUACUGUUUGUGUCCUGCAAAAAUACUUGAGGCGUUAAGGUCUGUCAAUCCACGUUGGGAAGCUUGUCCUCCAUGCUGCAUAUAUCCAAUUAUGAGUCCUUUCUCCCUAUCUCAUAAUACUUGCUGUUGCGCUUCUUUUUGCCCCGCUAUCGUUGGAAACCGUGAGUCCGGUGACGGUCGAACUUGUGAAUGCGGAUGUCAAAAUUGUUGUAGAGGGCGUCGAACAAUAGUGGCAGAAUAGGGGAGUUGGCGUUCCGUUUAGAUUGAAACUGGUGCUGGUUUGAAUUCCAUACAAUUUGUUCUCGAUAAACUUGGGCACAACGGGGCGCCAAAUUUCGACCCUCUUGUCUGCAUUAACAGGGCUAGUUCGGUUAAUAAGUACCGUGCUGUGAAGAAAGUAUCUUUUUGGAUAAGUAAAUGGUGAUGAGGAAUUAGUUUUAAGCGGUGCCUAUUAUACCCUUAAUUUAUUAUAUUUAUUUAUGAGCGAUUUGAAAUAAAGGAU